UGGCCGCACCCCCAUCACGUCACCCUCUCCGCCCCAGUUGGUUCGGCGGCGCCUGCGCAGUCCGGCGGUUUUGGGCACCUCGGAGCCGGGGGUGAAGGUGGACGAGGAGGUGGUCGCGGCCGCGCGGGGGGAGAGUCUGUUGUCGUCACCGUCACCAUGGCAGCGGGAGCGGCGGCGGUUGCGAACCGCGCGCGGCGGCACAAGUGGGCGAUCGAGCUGCACGCGGCGGGGGCGGGGCCGGGGCCCGGCCCAGGGGCAGGAGGAAGGAGCCGCGAUCGACAGUGUGGUCAGGGUGACUCCAUGUACCCAGUCGGAUAUUCGGAAAAGCAGUUGCCGGACACCAGUGUACAGGAGACCGACAGGAUCCUGGUGGAGAAACGUUGUUGGGACAUCGCCCUGGGACCCCUGAAGCAGGUGCCCAUGAAUCUGUUCAUCAUGUACAUGGCGGGCAACACCAUCUCCAUCUUCCCCAUCAUGAUGGUCUGCAUGAUGGCCUGGAGACCCAUCCAGGCACUGAUGUCCAUGUCAGCAACCUUCAAGCUCCUGGAGAGUUCGAGCCAGCAGUGGCUGCAGGGCCUGGUCUACCUCAUCGGCAACCUGCUGGGGCUGGCGCUGGCUGUCUACAAGUGCCAGUCCAUGGGCCUCCUGCCCACCCACGCCUCCGACUGGCUCGCCUUCAUCGAGCCCCCACAGAGAGUGGAAUACACAGGCGGGGGUCUGAUUCUGUGACCGCAGCGUUUCCCACGACGCGAGGGCGUCCGUCCGUGCGUCACCUUCAGGCCCGACUUCGUCACAGGAUGGGGAGGGGGGGAACGUCCCCUAUGCUUAAACCUCUGUGGUUGUGGUUAGUGUGUGUGCGUGCAUCGUCUCGUUUUAAUUUAUGUUGGGGAGGAGGGAGAGGGUUAAUUAUUAGAGAGAAACGCACUGUAACCUGUAGGAAAUAAAGGCUUGCUCUCUGACGUA